AUGGCGUCCGAAAAUGAGUUUCAACUCUUCACCUCCCUUCGCUACGACCCUCUCCUUCUGUCUUCAGAGGAAAAUUCAAGGCCGGAGCUAAACUUAGUCACGCCGUCACCGUUCUACAUGCUUGCGUACCACAGAGAUCGCAUGAUAGAAGCUGCACAGCAUUUCGACUUCCAUGAAGUCGAAAAAAGAUUAAGAGAUGGGAAAGCGCUGCAUGAACAUCUAUUGCGGGAGGUCAACAGGUGGGUUGAGAAGGGCGGGCAUGAUCAGGCCUUGAAGCUGAGGCUUCUAUUCGACAAGUCCGCAAAUCUCACAGUCGAAAUCUCCGCCGUACCUGCAGUCCCUUUAUCAACACUCUACCCACCCUCCCUGAAUCCCCCAAACCCGAAAACAGAACCUCAUCCAGCCAACACCUUCAAACCCUCUCCUCUAACAGGUGGUGUCCUCACACUUGGGCCGACUGACUCUCUUCCUGCUGCAACAUCAACACCACCGUCUCCCCCGCAGUGGAAUAUCAGGCUAGAUACAGCACCCACGCCUUCCUCCCCAUUCACGCUUCUCAAAACUACGAGGCGCGAAAUGUAUGACAAGUCACGGGACCGCGCACUACCAGAGAACGCUGCUGGGCCUGCGUACAGAGAAGUAAUGCUAUACAACGAAGUCAACGAACUCACCGAAGGUACACUAACAUCAUUGUACCUAUUCCGCGGAGGGCGAUGGGUCACACCGCCCGUUGGAGUACCUUCGGGCGAGUUCACGUCAAAGACUCUAAAUGACGGAAAUGAAGACGAGGGCGAACUGAGGAAACCAUUUGCUGGGCGUUGGGGCCACUCAGUGCGAAGCGCAAAGGUAGGUGCUGGAGGACAGCGAGGCACUAGUCGGAGAUGGGCGCUCGGAAAGGGCUACUGUAUGGAGGAGCCAGUCGGUGUGGACACAGUGAAGGUGGGUGAAGGAGUAUGGGUUAGCAAUGGUGUGAGAGGAUUUGGGUAUGGGAAGGUGGUUGAGUAG